AUGGCAAUGGCAAACAAUAAAAGAAAAUGUUUUACCUGUCAUAAAGAAAACAAUACAUAUACUUGUGAAGGAUGUUUAAAAAGAUUCUGUUCUAGACAUAUACCAGAACAUCAACAAAAAUUAAAUGACGAAUUAAGCCAUAUUAUUAUUGAUUAUGAUCAGCUUAAACAAAAAAUUAAUGAACAAAAUCGACAAAAUCAUUCAUUAAUAAAUCAAAUUGAUCAGUGGGAAAUGGAAUCAAUUGAGAAAAUUCAACAAAAAGCACAAAGUUAUCGAGAAAUUGUUAUCAAAUUCUCAGAAACAUCUAUUAAUGAUAUUGAAAUACGAUUUAAUGACUUAAAUAAACAAAUACAACAACUGAAGAAAGAAAAUGAUUUUAAUGAAAUUAAUUUAAACUAUUUAAAAAGUCAAUUAAUGAAAUUGACACAAGAAUUAAAUAGUCCAUUGAAGAUUUCUAUUAAAGAAGAUUCAGAAUCAUUUAUUAAUGAAAUUUCGAUAAUUCCAUCAAAAAUAUCAAAAUUCAGUAAAUGGAAACAAAACGCCAUCACUGUGGCUGGUGGAAAUGGACAAGGACAUGAAUUAAAUCAACUCGACCACCCAUUUAGAAUCUUCAUUGAUAAAAAGAAAAAUAUUUUCAUUGCUGAUGGUUUUAAUCAUCGUAUUGUUGAAUGGAGACAUAAUGCAAAAGAAGGACAAAUUAUUGCAGGAAAAGAAGAAGGUGAAAUUGUUGUUGGUGGAAAUGGAAAAGGAAAUCAAUCAAAUCAAUUAAAUAAUCCCAGUGGUUUAUCUUUUGAUAAUAAAGGAAAUCUUUUUGUUGUUGAUCGGUUAAAUCAUCAAGUUGGAAAAUUUGAAAUAAUUUUGUAA